GAGAGAAACACACAAGAGAUGAAGAAAAUGGCUCAAACUCUAUAUUUCAGUCUGCUUGUCAUUGCUCUCUGUUCAUUAUCUGAAUGCAUUCAGCGCCGCUAUCACUAUAUAAACAUUGAGAAGAACUGGACUGAAGCUCAGACAUACUGCAGAGAGAACUACACAGAUCUGGCCACAGUCAACAACAUCAAUGACAUGAACGAGCUGAAGAAGACUGUGUAUAACAGUGUGGUGUAUGUCUGGAUUGGACUAAAGAGAACAGGUGUUUAUAAAUGGAAGUGGUCUCUGGGUGAUGCUGUGAAAUAUCUGAACUGGGAAACUGAACCAUCAACUGACACAAAUAAUUCUGCUGUUAUGAGAAAUGGAAAAUGGCUUCAGCAGGACUGUAAUGUGCCGUCACAGUUCAUCUGCUACAAUGGUGAGUGA